UGAACACCAACAACGAACAAAGCCUGGGAUGUACUGCUGCAAUUGAUGUUGCUGUGUUUUCGGUAUCAGCUCAGCAUUAUCCACUAUGGCUCCCACAGUCGUCUCUCUACAGUUUUCAAAAAUUAUUGACGAUGUAUCAGGAGCAGAAGGCCCAGUGUUUGACAGUAACGGCACUUUUUAUGUUGUUGCUCCUGGAGUAAGAAAAGAUGCAAAGCCGGCUGGUCAGGUCGUCCGAAUUGACCUGAGCUCAGGACAGAAAACUGUUUUGUGUGAGCCUCAGGUUAACGGUGAUGGGGGAAUUCCGUGUGGUUGCCAAGCUGACAAGCAGGGCAACUUAUAUGUCGCUGACAUGAGGCUGGGAAUCUUGAAAGUCAAACCUAAUGGAGAAUUCACGCAGGUGGCAAGAGUAGACGAGGGAGGAAGGACCAUGCAGGGCUGUAAUGACUGUAGCCUCGACUAUACCGGGAACCUGUGGGUCACGGCACCAGCUGGUGACAUAGCCCCGAGUGAAUUCAAGAUGUCGUUUCAGGAAAGUAUUGGUUCGAUUUACUGCUUGACUUCAGAGGGAAAAGUGGUUCAUUUGGACACAGGGCUUAGAUUCCCAAACGGUAUAGCUGUCAUUCAUGACGCAAACAGGCGGCCGGUAAAGCUUAUAGUGGCAGAAACGCCGACGCGACUCCUCUUGGCCUAUGACAUUCAAGGACCUGGACUUGUCGCUAAUAAAACGAAAUGGGCCAAAUUGCCAGAUUGUGAGCAAGAAGGUGGCCCAGAUGGAAUGGACUUUGACGAUGCGGGGAAUUUGCUGGUGGCUCACUGGGGUGCCGGGCACAUCGAAGUGUUUGGUCCGGACGGAGGCGAACCGAUCAAGCGUAUCAAGUGUCCUUUUGACAAGCCGAGCAAUGUGCAUUUUGAGCCAAACUCCAACAUCGUGUACGUGACGGAGCACACGAACAACGCCCUAUGGAAGUUCCAGUGGGAGAACAAGGGCAUGCCUCAGUAUUGUGACAAAAACUGAUGGGACUUUGCUUUGUUGGGUUUUUUUAAAACAGGAGCCCGGUCGUUAUUUGUACUGUUAAGGGUUUCCUCCUACUUCGGAGUGAAUUCCUGUCUCUGAGCGUGAGUAAUUUUUUAUCUCCCUGAGACAAUUAAGAGCAAUGUGAAGAUAAUCAGAUGAUGAACGUUCUAAAUGAUAUUUGUUUUUCAUUGCUAUCUCAAAAAAAAUAAUUAAUAAAAGAUAAACACUUGAUAGAGCAAUUAAACCUGUACUAUUUCACCCCCCCCCCCCCCCCCCCC